AACAAAAUGGCUGCCAUUGUCCGUAAUUGAUUUGAUUUUGAUGGACGCUUCGAAUAAUUUGGAAAAAUACGAUUCAUGAUCACGAUCGCGAAGAAAACAGAAUUACAACUGAUUGAUUGGAAAUAUGAUCUUAUGUUUUUCAUUUAUGCGUGAUUAAAAGAAUUGCAAUUACGAAAAAGCGAAAAUGUCUUGGCCGAUAACGCCUGCCACGGCUGCGGGUCAAUGGAAUCCCGGUAUAGCAAUGACUCCUGACAUGAAUACUAUGAGUAUGGGAAAUUAUACUCCUGAGCAAUGGGCAGCAGUACAGCAACAAAACUGGCAGCAGUGGACGCAAUGGCAACAACAGUACGCCCAAUGGCAGACCCAGUAUGGAGAAAAGUAUACACAACAAAUGCAAGCUAUUCAAGCACUAGGAGCUAUGCCCCCGCUACCUACGGGCUCGGCGCCUCCGCCCGCACCACCACCACCUGACCAGCCACCGCCUCCGCCGCCACCACAUGAGAACAAUCAACCACUCUAUGGGCACACUCAAAGCAAACCUGCACCUGUUCCGGCGCCAGCCAGCGGGCUACAGAAUGUCAAUCCAAGUUACAAAAAUACCAACUUUACAGGUAACAGUCAAAACUGGUCUUACUCUGCAGGGGAAAGCCACCCUGUGCCGCCCUCCACGCAGCAGCCGCCGAUCCAGCCCCCAACGGUGAGCCAGCCCCCCACGGUUAAUUCGGAGGCCUUGAAGAAACUUUCUGAGGAGGAGAGGCUUUUCGAUAUUCAGUUUCAGAAAUGGGAAGAGGAAAUUGAAAAAUGGCGGCAGGAAAAUGUAAAUCAUCCUGACAAAGAAGCGUACAAGGAAUACGAAGCUAAGUUCGAGGCGUGUCGGAUGCAGCUACUAGAACGCCGACAACAAAUGAACCAACGCAGAGCGCGGCUCCUAGGGAAUACGCCCCCAGCACCUAAUUCUGCACCUGCAGGUAAUAAAAUUAACACUGCUGUUCCUCCCAUACAACAAUCCAAUAAAAACAAAAUGCAAUCACAACAGUACAAUACUCCACCUUUCAAUUAUAACAAUCAAAAUAAUUCACAAAACCAGCAAUACAGCAAUAAGUCCCCAUCUGGUUACAAUAAUAAUAGGGGUCUCAAUAAAUCUAUAGACCCUCAAGACAGAUACGAAUCUUAUCAAAAUAUGGAAGAUUACUCUGUUGAUUCCUCUGAUAACUCUACAUUUUUACCGGCAAGUGGAUCUGGCAAAGGUAUACCUGGAUUAGACUUGGUACCAGAGCCUGAGAAGUCACAAGCAGAUGUGAUAGAUAUAACUGAUGAAAAUACAGGGCAUCAGAUGUUGCAAGCCCCAGAUUAUUCUACAAUAUCUAAGGGCAUAAAUAAUAUCCUUGGAGAUGAAAAGAUCAUGAAUAUUUUAUCGAUGAUGCGCGGUCAGUCUUUACCUGGCGCUGGUGGUGCUAACACUCAGAAUGCUCUUAUGAAUGUUGCUAGUGGUCCUGGUGGACGUAUAGCGUCUGGCGUCUCCGGUAUGGCUGGCGGGCCCAGUGCGGGUAGUGGACCUAACGGACCAUAUGGUGGCCAUGUCAAUAAUCAUAACUUUCCGACAAAUAAUCAGUGGGACAGCAACAAUCAGUAUAAUAACCAACAGUAUGGAAAUAGGCAAAACAUACCCUUUAAUACUCAAGGUCCCCCUCCUCCUCUGAUACCAAAUGCACCGCCACACAAAAGAAUGUAUGAUGAGAAUCAGAGCGACAUGUCUCAAGAACAAUACUACGACAGAAACGCACAAUUUGGAGGAUCACAUGAUAUGGGUCAAAGACCACCCCUGCUUGCUAGGCCCAACAUGCCUUCUCUUAGGCCUCCAUUGCAAGAGAUGCCUGGUCAACGGAAUACAAAUGAUUACUACCGCGGCCCGCAAGAUAAUAGAGACAUCCGAGAUAACGGAGGCAUGCAUAAUAAUUCAAACUUACUUGAUGAGAGAGGCAGGCAUGAAAACAACAUGCCAGUGAAUCUACCACCUAAACCAAAGUGGGUGGAAGAGCCACUGUUUUCUCCAUCUAUUAUUGUUGAAUAUGAACACAAGCCUCUAAGGUUGAAAGCUCGCGAUUUUAUCGAACCCGUGCAUAUGUUUGAUUACAAUCAUAUAUCAAAAGAUGACGAGUUUAAAAGGAAAGAUUUUGAGAGGGAAGUAGAUGAAUUAUUUACAAGAAAACCAAGAAGACAGGAGGAUGAUUACACUAGUUCUGAUAGAGGUGAAAGGUAUGCUAGGGAGCCACCCUCUCGGGAUUUUGAGAGAAGACCCAGAGAAGAUGUGAGGGACGAUUAUCGCUCGAGGGUUCCUCCUAGAGAAGAGUAUGAUGAUAGGCGAAGGCCAGAAAACGUUUACUUUGAUAGAAGACGAGACGACCGUGAUAGAUAUACUAGACGAGAAGAUGUUCCACGCGAUCGCGAGGACAGUUACAGAGAUAGAGAAAGGGACAGACAUAGAGAUUAUAGACGUGAUGCUCGUAGUAGAAGUCAUGAAAAGGAAUCGCGGAAAAGAGGCCGCAGCAAAGAAAGUGAAGUGAGCAAUAAUGGCUCUAAAAAGUCACGGGAGGAUUUAAAAACCAACACAUUAGCUACGCCUAAGCACAUUGUUAUGAUAGACGAUCUAUUAGAGCCACCGGGUCGUGAAAUGAGACCUGAAAAAAUUGUUAUUAUUCUCAGAGGUCCGCCUGGAAGUGGUAAAUCGUAUUUAGCAAAAUUAAUUAGAGACAGAGAAGCCGAACAUGGCGGGGCUUGCAGGAUCAUGUCUAUUGAUGACUACUUUAUGCAAGAGGGAGAUGUUGAAGAGAAAGAUCCUACUACUGGCAAAAUCGUAAAAAAGCCGACUUUGAAAUACGAAUUUGAUCCGGGUUCAGAGGAAUCGUAUAAGAGCUCCUUGAAAAGAGCAUUCAGGCGAACUUUAACAGAUGGAUACUUCCCGUUCCUGAUAUAUGACGCAGUCAACGAAACUCUGAGGGAAUAUGCAGAUGUAUGGAACUACGCAAGGCAAACCGGUUUCCAAGUGUACAUUUGUACAAUGGAAUUAGAUCCACAAAUUUGUUUUAAGAGGAACAUUCACAAUCGCACGUUGGAAGACAUUGAACUGAUAUGUUCUCGUUUCUUCCCCUCGCCGGCGCACCACAUUCAACUGGACGCCACAACUUUACUGCAAAGCGCGGCAAUUACUGAAGUACAUAUGGAGGACGCCACCGAUGAACCAAUUGAAGAUACACAAGAGACUGAGGUCGAAAACAGUUUUACGUCGAAAUGGGAGAAAAUGGACGACGCCGCGAAACUAGCUCGACUCGACGGCACCAGCAAGCCGCUGCGGCCCUCGCAGCUCUCAAUGGAAGACUACCUACAGCUAGACGACUGGAAACCUAACACAGCCAAACCAGGGAAGAAAACUGUACGCUGGGCGGACAUUGAAGAACGAAGAGAACAGGAGAAGAUGCGCGCCAUCGGAUUUGUGGUCGGUCAGACCGACUGGAACCGAAUGACGGACCCGACUAUGGGUUCGAGCGCACUCACGCAAACUAAAUACAUUGAACGCGUGAGGCGCACUUAAGAUUUGUCAUCGCGAUCCUAUAAAGUGCAAGCACACUCAAAAUUAUGCAAUGAAAAUACGUGAAUAAUAAAUUGUCUACCAUUUAAUAUUUUUAUGUGUAGCAUGACUAGGAAUAAGUAUAGCCUGAUUUAAGGACGCCAUGCCACUCGCGUAUUUCAUUUCAAAACUAAGUACCUAUAGUCACGUCCAUGUGAAUUGGUUUGGGUUUAAUCAAUAAUGAAUAAAAUCAGAAUAUAAAUAUUCAAUGUUCUUUGAGAGCUUAUAUAUGAAUGGCAUUAAAUUUUUGUCUUCUUCGUGUGGGUUAUGAGGUGGAUUGCUAACCUCAGCAACCCUGAAGUCAGGGUUAUUAUUAAGCCGCUAGAGGCCCCUGAUAUGGCUCAUAUACCGACUAUGUCCUUACAUCAGUAAGUAAUCUUAUUUUGGACAAUCGGGUGAUCAGCCUUUAAUGUCUUAACCAAACUAGGGAUCACAAAGUGAUUAUUGUGGUAUGUCCUCACCGGGAUUCGAACCCGGGAUCUCCUGAUCCUCGUAAUACUGUGGCUCAAAAUGCUGUGGUAUCACUGAUGAUAGAGUACUUUUACGUAUUUUGAAUUAUUUUUACAUAACGGUUAUGUUAUGUAGUUCCCCGCAUUUUAAUUAAUUUACAAAAAUCUUACAAAUAUUAAAUUAAAAAGACUGCGCUUGGCAAUAGACCAUGAGAUUUUAAAAAUGUUACCAAUGGCAGUUUGUUCUAGUUGUUUCCGAAACGUCACUAUUUUUAUUUUUAUAUUCCUGGUCAGGCUUUAAUAUGCUAUAUUUUGAAAUUAGGUCUUAAAAUACUAGAAGGCGUCUGUCUAGUCGGGUCUUUCGCUGGCUGUUAUUAAGGACUAGUUCUAGCUAGUUUCACGUCGUUAGUGUAGCGUACGUACAAGCGCUAAGGUCUUUUAUAAUACAAUAUAAUAUCCAUCUUUAUAGGCCCUAACACAAAGCGAUAAAGAUAGUUAGUUCCAGUAAACAGUGUAAUUGAAAUUCUUAUCAGAGGUUGCAGUGUCUUCCCGGAGUGAUAUAUGUAAUAAAUACAUAACAUUGACAUUCAUCAAGCUAUAGUUAUUAUGUAGUAACAACUACAUUCAGUAAUAACCUAGGGCUUUAAUAACGUUUUAUUACAUUAUCUUGCUACAAAAUAGUUGUACAAUAGGUCGUCAUAGAAUAGGUUAGGUAGUACCUAUCCCACUAGAAAAGAAUCCUGUGAUUUGUGUUAUUUACUUUAAAAUACUCUGCGUAAUUUUCAUGGAACAUGUUGAUUCAAUCAAGGAUUUUUUGUAUAUACAGGGUGUUAGUGACAUCGUAACGAAUACUCAGAGGGAUGAUUCAGACCAUGAUUCUGAGUUAAUAUCAAGUGGAAUUUUCCGUCGCAAAAUUCAUGUUAUUUUUUUAGUUUUUUUAAAUUAUUUUCAAUUCUAUACUUUUGCGAUGGAAAAUUCCACUUGAUAUUAACUCAGAAUAAUCAACUGAAUCAUCCCUCUCAGUAUUCGUUACGAUGUCACUUACACCCCAUACAAGUACAUACAGUAGCCAUACAAGUAGGUAUGGGUGUUAGUGACACUGUAACGAAUACUGAAGGGGAUGAUUCAGACCAUGAUUCUGAGUCGAUAUCAAGUGGAAUUUCCUGUUGGAGAAGUCAUGAAAAUUUUAGAGCUUAUUUAAAUUAUUUUCCGUUCCAUACUUUUGCGGCGGAAAAUUCCACUUGAUAUCAACUCAGAAUCAUGGCCUGAAUCAUCCCUCAAAGUUUUCGUUACGAUGUCACUAACACCCUGUAUAAGGCUCAUCUGAUGUUAAAAAUCUCGGGAUCCUUUUCUACAAUAAAUAAUUAUUGCAUAUACAAUAUUGUUUAAGAUACCUUAGCUUAUAAUAAUCCACUAUUUUUAUUCGAAGGACAAAGGCGUCCAGGCUUGACAGAAUAAAUCCAAUAGAAAUAAUAUAAUGUUUCCGUUUUAUUCCUAUUCUAUUUCUACAUUUAAGUCUUUGGCUUCGGAUAUUUUGGAUCUAAGUACUCUGUCUUAGAGUACAAUUCAUAUUUUGUAAGUGAAUUUAAUAGGAAAUAAUAAAUUGUUUAAAAUAA